AAGCAAAUCGGAUCUUCUACCACUAUCAUCGAGACAUCGAAAUCGAUCUAUACUCACGACUUUCUACGAAAACCAAAACAACAAAUCACAAUGGCCCCAACUCACUCCGGCGCUGCUCAGAGCAACCCUGGCAACUUCGCCAACCGCCCCCACGAGGAGGUUGAGAACAUUGCCCGUAAAGGAGGUCAGCACAGCCACCAGGGAGGCUUCCAUAACAUGGACGAGGAGAAGCAGCGAGAAAUCGCUUCCAAGGGUGGCCACGCCUCUGGCGGUUCCUUCCAGCCCGGUGAUCCUCGUGCCCGCGAGGCUGGCCGCAAGGGUGGUUCCCGCACCGGCGGCGACUACUACGAGCCCGAGGAGUAAACCUGUGAUGGCAUGAAUUGGACCGGGAUAUGGAGUUCUGGGCACUAAGUCCUGUCUUUCUCUCGGGCGCUCUCUGUACUAUAUAGUGAUAUCAUGUAUAUUAUCACGAUCUCUCUCAUGAUGAAUACUUAUGACCGGCUUCCAAUACAGGCUA